AUGAAGAAGAUGAUCGACGAGGUGAGUCGUUCCGUGAAGCUCUUGGGCGACCGAUGCUCCAAGCUGGAGGAGGAGCUGGCGUCACUACAAGCUGCCGAUGCAACCUCGCAGGCAAGCCCGUGCAUGGUUGCAAAGCCCGCCACUUCAUUUCAGCAAAGUGCUGGCAACAAGGAAUCGAUUCGGCUUCAAACGAGGUUGGUGCAGCAGCGGCGGCAGGAUCUCCAGCAUGCUCAGGCAAACUUUCGCGAGGUGGAAGCGAGGUUCAAUGACUUGGACCAGAAGGAGCAUUUGGAGGACAGGCUCUCCGAGCUUGUGGAAGUUGUCCAGACACAGCCCGGAGACCAGGUGACCCAGCUCGUGGUCCGUGGAUUGGAAGAGCGUUUUGCCAAUUUGCGCGCCGAUGUGUCCAGAGAGGUCGCGACAGUGGUUCGCGAGUCGAAGGAGAACUGGGUAGUGGCAUCCCGACGCCUUGCAGCUUUAGAGGACUACAUGGUUGCACAGGUCUUCGGUGAGACCAUCGAGAAAGAGGAUAAGCAAUACAAGAAGAUUCGAGAAGAACAGCGGGCAAAAAAGAAGGCUCAAGAAGAAGCUUUGGGCAUUUCGGUCAAGAGGAGUAUGUCCGUGCCGAAGCAAAAGUCGUGCCAAGUCUCUCAGCUGGAGCAGUCCUUGGGUCACUUCCCUAACCCACACCCACACGAUGGCAAGCCACGCCUGAAUGCAGAUCCACAGAAGAUCUUGCGCUUUGGCGUGUCUGCAGAAGGCAACUUGAUCGAAGUAUGGCCGAGCCAUGACCACUGCACAGGAGAUCGGCUGGACCGCUGGGCCAGCCACGACCGUGGCCGUUUGGAGAUCCUCAGCCGAGAAGCAGAAGGGCUUGGCCGGCAGGUGGUUCAUAUCCGCAGAGAGCUAUCUCUUGGGAGACCGGAGAUUGCAGAGGAAGGGCUGACUGGGGCGCCUUUUUGGAUACAACUUGGUCUCUUCGGCGGCGCGGAGCCGAAGAAGAUUGCGGUGAAGAGCGCCGCGAAGAUGGCGGUCCUGGCGACCUCCAAAUCACCCAGCCAUGGACCUCAGAAAACCGACGGGGAGCUGUGCACCUGUUUUCGCACACCAGCCCGACCAACACCAAGCCCCACGAAGACCCCAGUGCAUAGAUCUCGAAGCUCGACGACUCCAGGCUUCCCAGCGGUGAUUGGGCCAAAGGUCGGAGCACCAGGCACCAAUGGGGUGCUCACCACAGGAGAGAUGGAGGUGGCCGGCAUUUUUUGCCGCUUGAAGUUCUUCCCUGAUGGCAGCCCCUUGCGACAGACGGAUGGCUCCUGCAGUCUCUAUUUGGUGUGCACAGUGCCAAACGUGAACGUCAGGUUCCGGCUGUUCGCGGGCAACAGGUACUCGCCCGUCCUAGAGGCCAACACUGCCAGAGGUGGCCGCGACCAAGGAAGGCAUGAUCUUUGCCUACUGAAGGAUGUACUGAACGAAGAUGGAAGCGUCGUUGUUGGUGCAGAAAUCCUCGAGGCAAAUGGAGAAGUUGUGGAGUUCACAGCGGAUUCACGUGUUGUCCUGAAGACUUCUGGAACUGAAUGCGCGCAAUAUAACUUGUGCCAGGUAAGGAGUGUAUGA